AUGGUUAUAAUCGAAUCAUUACGUAAGAGGUUCAGUCAUCGAUUAGAAUCUCAUCAAAUCGAUGAAGAUUAUAGUCCUCGAACUUCCAGAAUGCAUAGUACUACAAAUUCCAUCGCUAAUGAUAUUUAUGAAAAUGAAGAUGUACCAUCAUAUGAAGUUUCUCAGUUAUUACACGAACAAUCAUUAUCCUCAAUGAACCUCAAUGGUAUGAAUACUAAUAAUCCAUCUACUCCCAUACGACAUUUUUCAUCAAAUCAUUUAAAUCAAUUAACUGUGGAACACAUAACAUCAUUAACAAGUUCUUCAAAUAUUUCAAGACAGAAUUCUGUUGUUGCAGGUUCAACUUCAGAAACUUCUAGUUCAAUAGUUAUUAAUACCAAUUCAAAUAAUACCCAAACCUCCACCAAAUCCUUGAAAAAUAUAGGUCUACAAUUCCUCAAUGCUAGGCAACAUUUUGCCUUGUCAUGUUGUAGAGAUUUAUCAUUAUUACCAUGCAUUUUUGGACUUAUUAAAUCAUGGAAAAUGGUUUUCAUUGAUAAUGACAUGAGUACUACCAUAACGAGUGCCAAAUUACCAGAACAUUUUCUUACUGGUGUUUGGUGUAUUGUCGCAGGAUAUCUAUCAUAUUCCGUCUUAGAUGGUUUAAUGAUCAGAUGGAUUGUUACUUACUCAACAGGUGCAGCUAUUUUGAGAAUGUUAUCCAUGUCAACUAUGAUCCUUACAAUCGAACAAUAUCUAGUUGCUACAUUUUCUGCAAACGGCUAUAGAUAUGGUUUACAUAUAUGGAUUCUAAUAAGUUGUUGCUUAACUUUUGUAUAUAUUGUUCAGAAUUUCGUUACUUCCAAUAUCGAUUUAAAGGGGAAAAGGAGAGCCAGAUUCUUUGAUUUCUAUAAUAUCGUGGUUUUUGCUGUAGUUCCUGUUGGAUUAGCCAGUUUCAUUACUAUGAUAGGUCUUUUAAGAUCAUUGUUAAUAGUUAGGUUGGAUAUUGAGAAGGAACGUAUUCAAGGUAGGUGGUAA